ACGUUUGUUCGUUCAAUAACCGUCGAUGCCAAGCUGAAAAUCACCAUUCCGUUACAUAAUAAUCAUACAAAAUAAUAAUUGAAAGGCCGAAAAAUAUAAUACGACCCGUAUUAAGCCAUAGCGGAGAAAGAUCGAUCCGUUUCGAACUGAUUUCGUAGGUAACAAUUUUCGAACAUGGCGUUGGGAUUGAUCUGCCGGUUGUCAAUUGAUUCGACCUUCAGCCAUUUGAGUCAUUUGGAAGCCACCGCCCGCCGGAGUCGAUCGUCUUUCGCAUUGCUCGCCAGAACAUUCGCUGCCGCCGCCGAGAAAAUGGGUUUGCCGCGUGUUUUCUUCGAUAUGACUGCAAACGAUAAGCCCGUGGGCCGGAUCGUGAUGGAGUUGAGAAGCGAUGUUGUUCCAAAGACUGCAGAAAACUUUCGUGCCCUAUGUACUGGCGAGAGGGGAUUCGGGUACAAAGGAAGCAGCUUCCAUAGAGUGAUACCAACUUUCAUGUGCCAAGGUGGCGAUUUCACCAAUCAUAAUGGCACUGGUGGAAAAUCUAUUUACGGACCAAGAUUCGAUGAUGAAAACUUCAUAUUGAAGCACACCGAACCUGGCAUUCUUUCUAUGGCAAAUGCUGGUCCAAAUACCAAUGGUAGCCAGUUCUUCAUUACCAGUGACAAGACAAGUUGGCUUGAUGGCAAACAUGUUGUCUUUGGAAAAGUUGUUGAAGGAAUGGAUGUGUUUAAAAAAUUGGAGUCAAUGGGAUCUGAGAGUGGGAAGACUUCAAAGAAGAUUGUGGUAGCCAACUGUGGAGAACUGUAGAUCGUUCAACUAGAUACUGUAAUAACUGCAUUUUGAUUUAGCUGUUGCAUACAACUGUUGCUGUCUUUAUUGUAUGACACAUUCAUUCCAGUCAUCAUCUUUUUUCUUCGAUACUAUCAAUUUAAUUUUUUGCAUAAACAAAUAUACUUUCUCAAUGUGAAACAAAAACCAAAUCACCCUGCAUUGUACUAUAUUUUUACUAUAAAUAUUUCAAAUUUAAAUACGGGAUAAAUUUGAAUUCAUUAUCAUCUUUGUUCCAGAAAUAAUUGUUCAAUUUCAUUUUCAUUCUUACUUAACCUCUAACAAGCAGCACACAUUUUGUAUACUAAAAUGGAAUACGAGACAGUUGAAAAAAGUGUUAGAUCUCCAUUCUUCCAUAUAAUAUUCCUCUUUUAAUGGUAUUAAGUGGUAUGGCACAUUAAAAUGUACAUAUAUGAAAAGUGCAUUUCAUGAAAUAGUUAUUUGUAUACUAUUCGUAUUUCAAUAUCUGUUAAGAAUGAAACUAAUAAGGAUUUGCGUUUUGAAAGUCCAUAAGUAGUAAGUGUUACACAAUUAUUGUACAAUGCAUUUGUCUGCGAGAUUACGAUACUUUAUCUUAUUGUGCUUUUACAUUUAGGUCCAUGAAAAAUGCUCAUUAUCUAGAGCAUUCUUUAUUUUAUAUUUAUACACUUUCUUUCCUCAGGACAGGAUAAUUGAUAAACACGUAUUUGAUCAGUUUGAAUUGUAAUGUCAGGUAAUGCCUUUAGAUUAUAAUUCUAUCUUACACUGAUGUAACACCAACGUUGAACGAAGGAUGUAGUUGCAACGGGUUUCUACAAAAUAAAAUUGUUUUCAGAAG